AUGCUAUUGCCCCGUAUCGAUUUUCCCUCGGGAUUUCUGUUAAUUUUCCCCCUAAUUUCCUUCGGGAUUUGCGCGGCUUCCGAUUGCGCCAGUUCCCGACAAGAAUGGGUUCGUCUUCGUUACACUUCGUUGUUAGGUAAUAUACCUCCCAACAUAAAUGCCGGUCCACUAAAAGAUAUUUGUCCUGUAAGCAAUAAUCCCUCCUGUUGUGACCAAACAACGGAACGUGAAAUGUAUGCUUUGGGUCAUAGACAAUUACUGCAUCAAGCCAAUUGGCUUCAAGUGGCGGAACAAAUGAACAACGACAGUAAUGCUUUAGAAUGUAAGUUCUCCCUGCUUUCGGACACAGCUCGAGGUUCUGAUGUGUGUUCCUUCACUUUUUAUUCCUACCACUAA